UCCCCCUCCCUGCCUAUCUCAGCCUGUACUUGGGGCUGAGUAUAUAUACUGUCUGCAAGGGUAGAGAUGUAAUAGCCUGUUAUUGGUGGAAGCAAGAUGACGCCUCAGGUGCUGCUGCUGCUGUUCCUCUCCCUCACCGCUACCGCCCAUGCCAGAAGAGAGCCACGGGCUUGGGAAGCGCAGGUUCGGUGCUUCUCCUCAAAAGCCCAGAACGGAGAAUGGUAUGACUUCAAUGAACCCGUUCCCGACUUGGCCAGCUACUCCUUUGACAACACCAUCGAGAGCGCCACGGUAACUGGCAUGUGGAUAUUUUACGAGGAGACCGACUACAACGCCUUCAACGCAGGCUUCGUCUAUUGGAUACAUGGAAUCGAUUUCUCUACGGACUUCGACUCACAGUAUAGCAACACGGCCUCAUCGCUGAGGUACGCUGGAAGUGCUUUCGACCUCAACGAAGAUUCCUGGACAGUGUACACUGGCCAGGGCUUCACCGAGGGCGCACUCUUUGGGAACACCGAUGCCUCCACCCUCGGCCGCUUCUCGGGUGAAGUGUCUUCUAUCAUCGUCACUGGCACGAGCGACUGGACCUUCUACCAGGGUGAAGGGUUCACCGGGAGCAGUGUAUGUCUCACACCCGACAUCCAUCACACCUCCGACGUCAGGAGGUUCGACGUGGGCAUCUUCCCUACGCCCUCCGACUUCGACCUGACGGACAAUAGCAUCAGAUCUGUAAGAAAGGGCUGCCACUCUCAGUAGCAGCAAUUGCUACGCACAGCAGCAGGGACUGGUACUCAUGGGUUGUUGAAGGUACCAUGUAGGAUGUGGACCUCUCACUGAAGGGAGUGUCUGGGUUACAUCCAUGUCCAGAAGUACUUCCAAAACCUACAAUAUACCCAUAAUCCUGGAAGCCUUUGUAACAUGGCAAAUUCUGUCAAUAAACUCCUCUAGAAUAAUA